GCCAGUUCCGUAGACAUUAUUUGAGUGACGCGCGUCUCGACCAAUCAGAUGCGGAGUUCUGGGCCGCCGCUCCACAGACCGACGGCCGGAGCGCUGGAGGCGGAUUGUUUUUAAAGCAGCGCUAAUAGAGCCGGACAGCGGGUUUCGGGCUGGACUCGGAGCAGCUGAGCUCAGGUCUGCGGUCAGCAGAGCGAUGAGAAGCUCCCUUUAUAGAGACCCGAGCGCUGAUUAGGGGGUUCUCCUUCAGCACUGAUGUUUCUCGUCACCACCUGAUCGUGUUCGGCUGCGUUGGUCCAGAUUUGGAGCCGCUCUGUAAGUCCAGCUGGUUCUUCCAACAUCAGAGCGCUAGUUUCGCUCUGAGGGUCUUUCUUUCUGUCCAGGAUGACGGACAAGAAGAGAAGGAUGGAGCUUCAUCCGUCUGGAGCCCCGAGCAGCGAGGCGGGGGGAUCUACUGUCUCCAUGGAGGAGCCUGUAAAUCAGAGAGGGGCUCACAAUCACUGGACUGAGGGGGCUUCAUCUGAGGAGACCCUGACCCUGAAGCAGGAGGAGGAGGAAUGUGAGGACAUAAAGCCCACCUUUCUCCCUAAAGUGGGACCAAAACAAUACCAAGAUAAAGGUGGUGGAGGCCAGGAGGGUCAAAACGGUCUAGUAGUUAUUAAAACAGAACAAAGUCGUCCAGAAGAAAGCAGCUCCUUUGUACAUGGUGGUGAAAACCAGCACGUCCUCCAACAGUCUAAGAAUGUGUCCAGCCCAUCAUGUGAGCCUCCAUCAACCUCGAAGGAGGCAUGGGUGAAUCAGCACACACUCAAGGAAGACAUAUGCAACUCAUUAAUCAUUAUUAAAAUGGAGCCAGAUGAACGAGAACUCAAUUCCAGUGGCAGGCAUUGUGUCCUUUAUGAGCCGGAGGGGGUGUCCAACUUGCUGACUCUCUGUAAAACUGAGGAUCUGAACACUUCAGGAAUCUCAGGAUACAACGUCCCAACUCUUAUCCCUAAAACAGAAGCGCUGCCCACAUCAGUAGAGCACGUAGAAGAUGAUGGUGGGGAUGAAUUUGAAAGUAAGAACCAGCACACACUCGAAGAGGAUGUACACGGUUCACUAGAUAUUACUAUUAAAAUGGAACCAGAUGAACAAGAAGUGAUUUCCAGUGGUGAACACCACAUCCUUCAUGAGCUGGAGGAGGUGUCCAACUUGCCACCUGUCUGUAAAACCGAACCAAGCACUCUGGGAAUGCCUUACUCUGCAUACAUUGAUGGAGAGCCAUGGCAUGAAUACAGUGGAAAAGAGGAAAAUGGAGGUUUUAAUACUUCAGGUGAGUGCAACCAGCUGUCUGGUGAAGAACACAAAGGACUGAAGUCAUAUCCCUGUUCCGAGUGCGGGAGAACCUUCUCUCAGUCGUCCUCCUUUUACAGACACAUGAGAAUCCACACUGGCGAGAGGCCGUUCCAGUGUUCUCAGUGCAAUAAGACUUUCAUUCAGUCAAAUACGUUUAAAAUCCACCAGAGAAUUCAUACCGGAGAAAAGCCUUACAAGUGCUCGGACUGUGGAAAGAACUUCAGACGCUUGGACAACCUGAGGAUCCACCAGAGAGCUCAUACCGGGGAGAAGCCGUACAAGUGUUCUCACUGUCCGAAGACCUUUACGCGCUUAGAUAUCCUGCAGAACCAUGAGAGAAUACAUACUGGAGAGAAGCCAUAUCAGUGUUCUCACUGCUCUAAGACCUUCACACGGUCCAGCGUCUAUCAGGUCCAUCAGAGAACGCACACAGGAGAGAGGCCGUACAAGUGUUCCAUCUGUGGAAGGCAGUUUCUAGACCUUUCAAAUCUUAGAAACCAUGAAAGGACACAUACAAAGAAAAGGCCGCACCACUGCUCAGUAUGCGGAGUUCUGGGCCGCCGCUCCACAGACCGACGGCCGGAGCGCUGGAGGCGGAUUGUUUAUAAAGCAGCGCUAAUAGAGCCGGACAGCGGGUCUCGGGCUGGACUCGGAGCAGCUGAGCUCAGGUUCUCCUUCAGCACUGAUGUUUCUCGUCACCACCUGAUCGUGUUCAGCUGCGUUGGUCCAGAUUUGGAGCCGCUCUGUAAGUCCAGCUGGUCCUUCCACCAUCAGAGCGCUAGUUUCGCUCUGAGGGUCUUUCUUUCUGUCCGGAUGACGGACAAGAAGAGAAGGAUGGAGCUUCAUCCGUCUGGAGCCCCGAGCAGCGAGGCGGGGGGAUCUACUGUCUCCAUGGAGGAGCCUGUAAAUCAGAGAGGGGCUCACAAUCACUGGACUGAGGGGGCUUCAUCUGAGGAGACCCUGACCCUGAAGCAGGAGGAGGAGGAAAAGGAAGAGGAGGAAUGUCAGGACAUGAAGCCCAUGUUUCUCCCUAAAAGAAAACCAAUGCAACAGCAAAACGAAGGUGGUGGAGGCCAAGAGGGUCAGAACAGUUUGUCAUUAGUUAUUAAAACAGAGCAAGGUGGUCCAGAAGAAAGCAAUCCGUUUGAACACAGUGGCGAAGACCAGGAUGUGUCCAGUCUGUCCCCUGUUUGUGAACCUCCAUCAAUCUCUGAGAUGUGGGAGAGUCAGCACACACUCGAGGAAGAUGUACGCAGUUCACUAAUUAUUAUUAAAGUGGAACCAGAUGAACAAGGACUGAGUUCCAGUGACAACUAUCAUGUCUUUCAUGAGCGGGAGGGGAUGUCCAACCUGCCAACUGUCUGUAAAAUUGAACCAGACUGUGCUUAUGGUGACGAAGAGCCACUGCAAAAUUGUGGAAAAGAGGACAAUGAGGGUCUUAAUACUUCCGGUGAAUGCAGCCAGCCGCCUGUGGAGGAACACAAAAGACUGAAGUCAUAUCCCUGUUCCGAGUGCGGGAGAACCUUCUCUCAGUCGUCCUCCUUUUACAGACACAUGAGAAUCCACACUGGCGAGAGGCCGUUCCAGUGUUCUCAGUGCAAUAAGACUUUCGUUCAGUCAAAUACGUUUAAAAUCCACCAGAGAAUUCAUACCGGAGAACAGCCUUACAAGUGCUCGGACUGUGGAAAGAACUUCAAGCGUCUAGAUAGUCUGAGGAUCCACCAGAGAACUCAUACCGGGGAGAAGCCGUACAAGUGCUCUCACUGUCCGAAGACCUUUACGCGCUUAGAUAUCCUGCAGAACCAUGAGAGAAUACAUACUGGAGAGAAGCCAUAUCAGUGUUCUCACUGCUCUAAGACCUUCACGCGGUCCAGCGUCUAUCAGGUCCAUCAGAGAACGCACACAGGAGAGAGGCCUUACAAGUGUUCCAUCUGUGGAAAGCAGUUUCUAGACCUUUCAAAUCUUAGAAACCAUGAAAGGACACAUACAAAGAAAAGGCAGAACCACUGCUCAGUGUGAUAGACCUCUCUUUCAGUUAGCACCUUAGAAAAACCUCAUACAUGUGGCUAAAAUCUCAUCAGGAUACAAUCCAGAUACUAAACACAUGAAGUGACCAGGUGUAAACAGGGUCAUAUUUUACAUGAAAUAUACUUUGUGCAAGUGCUGUCCAUUAAAAGGAGAGCACUCAUCAGUCCCAUGAGCCUUCCACUUCCCUGAGGGCACCCUGUCUGCUGAAGAACCAGGAGAUGGGUAGAGGAAUCAAGGAGGAGAUGGAGACUGGGCAGGGUGUGAAAACUUAGUCACAGGUUAUCAAAGAGAAAAACAUGCAGUAGGUUAUCUAGAACAGAAGAAGGGUUCCCCCAGGCGUUAGUUAUUGCAUGUCUAUGCAAAUAUGCCUGUACAGUAUUGAUCCUGCAUGUCUGACAUUUUAUGAGUUAUUCUCUCAGCUUCACUGUCAUGAGUUUAUAUAUUUGGACAUGCUUUUUUACACGAUUAGCAAAAAGUUUUUUAACUUCUACCUGUUAACAUUUAAUAUGACAACAACGUCACUGUGUGUGACCUAUGUCUUCCAUUUGUUAUCAUUUUUUACAUAGAUUACAAGAGAUGUAAUGGAGUGAUUGCACUACUCUUUUAUAACCAAUAAAGGUUUAAAUAACA